AUGAGUUCAUUUAAGAGGCAGUGGUGCUUAUUGGUAUCUGCAAAAUUUGAAUUGUCUCAAGACCCAGAGACACCACAGUUCUGUGCCAAUGACCCUGAAGUGUUUGUCCAAGCAGCACUGUUGGCUCAGGAUUAUUGCGAUGCCAUAGACCUAAAUUUGGGCUGCCCUCAAAUGAUUGCAAAGAGAGGACACUACGGAGCAUUUCUGCAAGAGGAGUGGGAUCUUCUUCAGAGAAUGAUUUUACUGGCUAACGAGAAGCUCUCUGUUCCCAUCACAUGCAAAAUCCGCGUUUUCCCAGAAAUUGACAAGACAGUGAAGUAUGCACAGAUGCUGGAGAAAGCUGGCUGCCAGCUGCUGACUGUGCAUGGCCGUACUAAAGAACAGAAAGGACCACUUGCUGGCGUGGCAUCUUGGGAGCACAUUCAAGCUGUCAGAAAAGCUGUAAGCAUUCCUGUAUUUGCAAAUGGAAACAUCCAGUGUCUCAGGGAUGUGGAAGAAUGUAUCCGUAAGACAGGAGUGCAUGGUGUCAUGAGUGCAGAAGGUAAUCUUCAUAACCCAGCUUUGUUUGAGGGCCGAAACCCAUUGGUGUGGGAGAUGGCUGAGGAGUAUCUGGAGAUAGUGCAGAAGUACCCUUGUCCAUUGUCUUACGUUAGAGCUCAUCUCUUCAAGCUCUGGCAUCACACGCUUCAAGUUUACCAGCAGCUGCGUGAAGAAUUAGCAAAAGUGAAGACACUGGAGGGCAUUGUAGAUGUCAACAGGGAGCUGAAACUACGAUGUCAGGAAGAAAUAGCUAAUCAGAAAGAAGGAGAAAAGCCAAAAGAAGGGUUGCCUUUUUUCCACUGGAUCUGUCAGCCAUACAUCAGGCCAGGGCCAAAGGUGAGAUGCAAGGAGAAUGGAGCCAGUGGGACUGAAAGAGGUGUGCGAGGGAAACGUGCACUAGAAGAGGAGGAAGAUGGAAAUUCUGAGCUUCUGUCAAAGAAUAAGCAAAAAAAGAAGUUAAGAAAUCCAAAUAAAAGCUUUGAUCCAUCUUUGAAACCCAAAUAUGCAAAAUGUGAUCAAUGUGGAAACCCUAAGGGCAAUAAAUGUGUGUUUAACAUGUGCCGAGGAUGCUGUAAGAAAAGAGCAUUCAGAGAGACAGCAGACUGCCCAGGUCAUGGAUUACUUUUUAAGACCAAAUAUGAAAAAUCCCUUUCAUGGCAGAGUAGUCAAAGAGUAAUUCAAAACCCAGAGCACAGUCGGAGAAGAGAUGUAGAUGUGGGGGAGACUGCUGUACUGAAGGAGGCUGGUGACAGUGCAGUGUGAAGCUUUGGAAAUGAAUAGUUAAAGAGCUCCUGCCAGGCCUCUGCUUCCCUGGGCCAAAGAACAUGUCGUCUCCAGCUCACCACCAGCUGUGUGAACUUGUUCCACAGGUUUAUUAUAAGUUCUGGAAAAGUUUUAUUUAAGUGAAAAGCUGCUUACUCAGGGAAUUAUCCUGCAUUUGAAAUAAAAAGGAUGCAAUUAAAUUUCUAAUGCUGUGUUUUAAAGACUGAAAAUGCUGCAUUUCUGGGUGGGGACAACCAAUAUAAGCUGCCAUCACAAUCUGCCUCUUUUAUGUUCAUUAACCCUUCAUGUCCUGUUUUUAAUAUUUGGGAAUAAAUUUCUUGUAUUAGAACAGCGUUUUGGCACGCUAAAAAUAGCAGUGUCAAUGACUUCUUCAUUAAUUGAAAAUG